UCGACCGGUCCAUCCCUCGCUCACAUGCAGACUAGUGCUUCUCCAUUAUUUUCUUCUGCUUCUUCUACGGCUCUAGGCUUCUAGAAUUUGUUGGUCCCAGAGUUCCCUUUUUUCCACAUCGACAAGACGCACUUCGCCAUGUCCGUCGACCACUCCGCCAAUGUCGAUACGGACAGCACCAUGGCUGUGCCCAAGAAGGACAUGGACCUUGAUGGCAGCACGCCGGCCGACCUGCGCGACGACAUCGCCAUUGACCCUGUUGCCGAGCGCAAGCUCAUCCGCAAGCUCGACCUGUGGAUCGUGCCGCCCGUCAUGCUGCUCUACCUGCUCAGCUUCCUGGACCGCGUCAACAUUGGCAACGCGCGCCUGUACGGCAUGGAGGAGGACCUCGGCCUUGUAGGCGACCAGUACCAGAUCGCCGUGUCCGUCCUUUUCGUCACGUAUCUUUUGUCGGAGCUGCCGUCCAACUUGGUCAUCAAGAAAUUCACGCCCUCGCGCUGGAUCGCCUUCAUCACGACGUCGUGGGGCGUGGUGGCGACGCUGACGGGCAUCACGCAAAACUUUGCGGGCUUGGUCGCCUGUCGCCUCGUCUUGGGCGCCCUCGAGGGUGGUCUGUUCCCUGGCCUGACCAUCUACCUGACCAUGUUCUACACCAAGCGUGAGCUCGCUCUGCGGAUCGGGUACCUGUUCGUCUCGGCGGCCAUUGCCGGCUCCAUGGGCGGUCUGCUGGCCUACGCCAUCGGCUUCAUGGAUGGCGUGGCUGGUCUCCGCGGCUGGCGCUGGAUCAUCAUCAUCGAGGGUCUGCCCACGGCGAUGCUGGGCAUCUCUGUCCUGUGGUGGCUGGCGGACACGCCCGACUCGGCCAAGUAUCUCUCGACGGAGGAGAAGGAGCUCAUCGACCUGCGCAUGCGACGCCAGGUCGGCCACACAAAGUCGUCCGACCUGAUGCACAAGGAGGAUGUGUACGCCGGACUCAAGGACUGGAAGAUCUGGCUCAUGUGCUUUGGCCAGUUCGGGGCCGACAUUAUUCUCUACGGCUACUCCACCUUCCUCCCCACCAUCAUCAACGGCCUCGGCGACUGGAGCAGGGCGCAGGUCCAGGCGUUGACGAUCCCCUGCUAUGCUCUUGGCGCCAUCAGCUACCUAGUGGUCGCUUAUCUCUCUGACAAGACGCAGAGGCGAGCCUUGUUUGCCGUGGGAUCUGGCCUCGUGGGCGCCGUGGGAUAUGCCAUCCUGGUCAGCCCCGUGGGAGGAAACGUCAAGUAUUUCGGCUGCUUCCUCGUCGCCGCUGGUCUGUACGUGAUCGUCGGCAUCCCGCUGGCCUGGCUGCCCAGCAACAACCCUCGCUACGGCAAGAGAACCGUGGCCACUGGCCUUCAGCUGACCAUUGGCAACGCUGCCGGUAUCCCUGCCCCCUUUCUGUACCGCAACGACCAAGGCCCGCGUUUCGUCACCGGCCACGCCGUCUCCAUGGCCUUCAUCGCCAUUGCUGCGUCCAUCUACCUUCUCAUGUGGUGGUGGUUCCGCCGGCAGAACCAGCGCAAGAUGAACGGUGAGGAGGACCACAAGGUGGUGGGUAUGACGGAGGAGGAGAUUGACGAGUUAGGCGAGCACAACCCCAGAUUCCGAUACACGUACUAGAGCGAUGGUCAGAUGGCUUUUCUCGUCACAAACGUUCAAUUUACACACAAUAUCACCUAAAAGGCAGCAGAGCGCUUGAUGGCCGUUCGAUUGGUUCUCGAUGCCCUUUCGGGUCUUUGAUUCGCCAGGGGACGUAGACAACGAUCUUCUGUUUUGAUUGUCCGAGGACCUCAGCGUCUGCCUCAUGGUCAUCUCCCGCGCAAAAUGGACAGAAAGGAAGGUAACACAAACAGCGCAAUGUGAAUAUCGGGGAGCA